CUCCACUGGAAAUGCAGCAAGGAUUCCUAGCACAUCCCAGUUGCCAUAGCAACAGCAGCCUUUUCCCAUAAUGAGCUGCAUCAUCUGAACUGAUGUCACAGCAUCAUGCAGCAGGUCAAGCAAGGCAUCUCCUAGUAUUGCAUCCUACAGAUGUGCUGUAAACAUCAAAAGGAGGCGGUGGGAGCAGGAGAUGCUGUUUUGGAAAGAAGUAAGGCUUAGAUUUCUCCAUGUUAACCAUGAGUGUGACACUUUCCCCACUGAGGUCACAGGACCCAGAUCCCAUGGCGACUGAUGCCUCACCCAUGGCCAUCAACAUGACACCUACAGUGGAGCAGGAGGAAGGAGAGGGAGAAGAGGCCGUGAAGGACAUGGAUGCUGAGCAGCAGUACGGAAAGCCACCUCCACUCCAUACAGCAGCUGACUGGAAGAUUGUCCUGCACUUACCUGAGAUUGAGACCUGGCUUCGCAUGACCUCAGAGAGGGUCCGUGACCUAACCUACUCGGUCCAGCAGGAUGCAGACAGCAAGCAUGUGGAUGUGCAUCUAGUCCAGCUAAAGGACAUUUGUGAGGAUAUUUCUGACCAUGUGGAGCAGAUCCAUGCCCUCCUUGAGACGGAGUUCUCCCUGAAGCUGCUGUCCUACUCGGUCAAUGUCAUCGUAGACAUCCACGCAGUGCAGCUGCUCUGGCACCAGCUCCGCGUAUCCGUAUUGGUCCUCCGGGAGCGCAUCCUACAAGGUCUGCAGGACGCCAAUGGCAACUACACCAGGCAGACUGACAUUCUGCAAGCAUUCUCUGAAGAAACAAAGGAGGGCCGGCUUGAUUCCCUCACAGAAGUGGACGACUCAGGGCAGUUAACUAUCAAAUGUUCUCAGAAUUACUUGUCUCUGGAUUGUGGCAUUACUGCAUUUGAACUUUCCGACUACAGUCCGAGUGACGAUCUGCUUGGUGGCCUGGGCGACGUGACCACUAGCCAGGCCAAAAAUAAAUCUUUUGACUCUUGGAGCUACAGCGAAAUGGAAAAGGAGUUCCCUGAGCUCAUCCGAAGUGUUGGGUUGCUUACAGUGGCCACCGAGCCUGUCCCUUCCGGCUGUGAAGCAGCCAACGAGGACUCAUCUCAAGUGUCCCUUUCAGACGACCACAAAGGUGGACAUGAGGAAGAUGGUGCUCCUGUACCUGCAGAGCAGCUGGGCUCAACACUGGGGAUGUCUUCCUUAGGGGACACACUGACAAAUGCUGCUGAACACCCUCCGGAGACAGCAAAACAAGAUUCUACUUCCUCCCCACAGCUUGGUGCGAAAACCCCCCAGCCUGCUCCUUGUGAAAUUACGACUCCCAAGAGAUCCAUCCGCGACUGCUUUAAUUAUAACGAAGAUUCUCCCAUGCAGCCCACAUUGCCCAAAAGAGGGCUUUUUCUAAAAGAAACUCUUCAGAAUGGGCGGAAAGGCAGUGGUGGGAAGGCGCAAGUGGUUGACCUGAAGCCUGAGCUGAGCAGAAGCACCCCCUCCCUGGUGGACCCCCCUGACAGAUCGAAGCUCUGCCUAGUAUUGCAGUCUUCCUACCCCAGCAGUCCUUCUGCUGCCAGCCAGUCCUAUGAAUGUUUGCACAAGGUGGGGAUCGGCAAUCUUGAAAGCAUAGUCAAAAGUCACAUUAAAGAAAUUUCUUCCAGUUUGGGAAGGCUGACUGACUGCCAUAAAGAGAAACCGCGACUGAAAAAGCCACACAAGACCUCGGCCGAGGUGCCUCUGUGCAGAAUACCUAAACGGGGAACUGGUUCAGGGGAGCAAUCCGAGAGCACCAGGAGCUCAGCAGCACCGAGCAUGGUGUCGCUUGGAGCCCCCAAAGCCACGGCGAGACCAGAGACGGAUUCUGCGUCUACAACCUCAAGUGACAGGUGCCAUCAGAGAAAUCGGAGUGGACAAUUGCCAGCGCAAUCAAAGGCCUCCAGUUCACCCCCUUGCAGUCACAGCAGUGAGACCUCUCUUGGCUCAGACAACAUCAAAUCCCCACUUCCUCUUCUUUCAAAAAACAAAAGCCAAAAUGACUCCCCACCUGCUCCAUGUCACGCCACACAGAACGGUCAGGUAGUGGAGGCCUGGUACGGCUCUGAUGAGUACCUAGCCUUGCCGUCUCACCUCAAACAGACGGAGGUGUUAGCCCUGAAGCUGGAGAAUCUAACCAAGCUUCUGCCCCAGAAACCCAGAGGAGAGACUAUCCAGGAUAUAGAUGACUGGGAACUGUCUGAAAUGAAUUCAGAUUCUGAGAUCUAUCCAACAUACCACAUCAAGAAAAAACACACAAGGCUAGGCACGGUGUCUCCAAGCUCAUCCAGCGACAUAGCCUCGUCUCUCGGGGAGAGCAUUGAAUCUGGGCCCUUGAGUGACAUUCUUUCUGAUGAGGACUUAUGCAUGCCCCUCUCCGGCAUGAAAAAAUUCAUUGAUGAGAAAUCAGAGAGACCUUCACUCUCUGAGAAGAGUGAGAGCCAUUCGGCUACAAAAUCAGCUUUAAUUCAGAAAUUAAUGCAAGAUAUUCAGCACCAAGAUAACUAUGAAGCCAUCUGGGAAAGAAUUGAGGGGUUUGUGAACAAGCUGGACGAAUUCAUUCACUGGCUAAACGAAGCCAUGGAGACCACAGAGAACUGGACUCCUCCUAAAGCGGAGACGGACAGCCUUCGGCUGUACCUGGAGACACACUUGAGUUUUAAGUUGAACGUAGACAGUCACUGUGCCCUGAAGGAAGCUGUGGAGGAAGAAGGACACCAACUUCUUGAGCUCGUUGCAUCUCACAAAGCAGAAGGACUGAAGGACAUGCUGAAGAUGAUUGCAAGUCAAUGGAAGGAGCUGCAGAGGCAAAUCAAACGGCAACACAGCUGGAUUCUCAGAGCCCUGGACACCAUCAAAGCCGAGAUACUGGCUACUGAUGUGUCUGUGGAGGACGAGGAGGGGACUGGAAGCCCCAAGGUUGAGGUUCAGCUCUGCUACCUGGAAGCGCAGAGAGACGCUGUCGAGCAGAUGUCCCUCAAGCUGUACAGCGAGCAGUAUACCAGUGGGAGCAAGAGGAAAGAAGAGUUUGCCGACAUGUCGAAAGCACAUUCGGUGGGAAGCAAUGGGCUUCUGGACUUUGAUUCAGAAUAUCAGGAGCUCUGGGAUUGGCUGAUUGACAUGGAGUCCCUUGUGAUAGACAGCCACGACCUGAUGAUGUCAGAGGAGCAGCAGCAGCAUCUUUACAAGCGAUACAGCGUGGAAAUGUCCAUCAGGCACCCGAAAAAGACAGAGUUGCUUAGCAAGGUUGAAGCUUUGAAGAAAGGUGGCCUUUCACCACCAAAUGAUAUCCUGGAAAAAGUGGAUUCAAUUAAUGAAAAAUGGGAGCUGCUUGGGAAAACCCUAAGAGAGAAGAUACAGGACACAAUGGCAGGCCACAGUGGGUCGGGCCCACGUGACCUGCUCUCUCCUGAAAGCGGAAGCCUAGUAAGGCAGCUGGAGGUCAGGAUCAAAGAGCUGAAAAGGUGGCUAAGAGAUACGGAGCUUUUCAUCUUCAAUUCCUGUCUGAGACAAGAGAAGGAAGGAACGAGCGCCGAGAAACAACUCCAAUACUUUAAGUCACUCUGUCAUGAGAUCAAGCAGCGGCGUCGAGGAGUGGCCUCCAUUCUGAGGUUGUGCCAGCACCUCCUGGACGAUCGGGACACCUGCAAUCUGAAUGCAGAUCACCAGCCCAUGCAGCUGAUCAUUGUAAACCUUGAAAGGAGGUGGGAAGCCAUCGUCAUGCAAGCUGUCCAGUGGCAAACACGGUUACGAAAGAAGAUGGGGAAAGAAUCCGAGACUUUGAAUGUGAUUGAUCCUGGCUUGAUGGAUCUGAAUGGAAUGAGUGAGGAUGCCCUGGAAUGGGAUGAAACAGACAUAAGUAACAAACUCAUUAGUGUGCAUGAAGAAUCCAAUGACCUUGAUCAAGACCUGGAGCCUAUGAUACCCACAGUGAAGCUUGAAGAGACACAGCACAAAGACUCUGGUUAUGAAGAAGAAGCAGGUGACUGUGGAGGGUCUCAGUAUACCUCAAACAUCACUGCCCCUUCCAGCCCACACAUUUACCAAGUGUACAGUCUUCACAAUGUCGAGCUCCAUGAGGACAGCCACACUCCAUUUCUGAAGAGCAGCCCGAAGUUCACGGGCACAUCACAGCCUACUGUUUUAACUAAGAGCCUCAGUAAAGAUUCUUCAUUUUCAUCCACAAAAUCGUUACCAGACCUGUUAGGGGGUUCCAGCUUGGUGAGGCCUUACUCAUGUCACAGUGGAGACCUGAGCCAGAAUUCAGGCAGUGAGAGUGGAAUUGUCAGCGAAGGAGACAAUGAGAUGCCAACCAACUCCGACAUGAGCUUGUUCAGUAUGGUAGAUGGGUCCCCAAGUAACCCUGAGACGCAACAUCUGGACCCACAAAUGGGAGAUGCUGCCAAUGUGCGGGAGCAAAAAUUUAAAGAUGAGGGGGAGUGCCUUAAGCUUUCAAGUGUCUCUCGGGCAUCCUUCUCACCAGUGAGUUGUGCGAAUGGAAAAGCUGGGGAUUUAAACAGUGUUACCAAACAGACCACUGAUUGUUUGGGAGAAGAAUUACAAGGAAAACAUGAUGUGUUUACAUUUUAUGAUUACUCAUACCUCCAAGGCUCAAAACUCAAAUUACCAAUGAUAAUGAAACAGCCACCGAGUGAAAAGGCACAUGCGGAGGAUCCCCUUCUUUGUGGUUUUUACUUUGAUAAAAAGUCCUGCAAACCUAAACAUCAGACUUCAGAGUUGCAGCCAGAUGCACCUCCCCGUGAGAGGAUUUUGGCAAGUGCACCUCACGAGAUGGGUCGCAGCUCCUACAGAAGUAGUGACAUAGAGAAGACACUCACGGGCAUUCAGAAUGCCAGACAGCUCUCCCUUUUAUCUCGUAGCUCAUCUGUAGAGUCCCUUUCUCCGGGGGGCGAUUUGUUUGGAUUGGGAAUCUUCAAAAAUGGCAGUGACAGCCUCCAGCGAAGCACUUCUUUAGAAAGUUGGUUGACAUCCUAUAAGAGCAACGAGGAUCUUUUUAGCUGUCACAGCUCUGGGAACAUAAGCGUGAGCAGUGGCUCAGUUGGUGAGCUGAGUAAGAGGACAUUAGACCUUCUGAAUCGCCUGGAGAAUAUACAGAGCCCCUCAGAGCAAAAGAUCAAGCGGAGUGUUUCUGAUAUCACACUGCAAAGCAGUUCCCAAAAGAUGUCCUUCAGUGGCCAGAUGUCAUUGGAUGUGGCAUCCUCCAUCAACGAAGACUCACCCGCAUCUCUUACAGAGCUGAGUAGCAGCGAUGAGCUCUCUCUUUGCUCGGAGGACAUCGUGUUACACAAAAACAAGAUCCCAGAAUCCAAUGCGUCAUUCAGGAAGCGCCUGAAUCGCUCAGUGGCCGAUGAGAGCGAUGUCAAUGUUAGCAUGAUUGUCAAUGUCUCCUGCACCUCGGCUUGCACUGAUGAUGAAGACGACAGUGACCUCCUCUCCAGCUCCACUCUCACCUUAACAGAAGAAGAGCUGUGCCUCAAAGAUGAGGAUGAUGACUCCAGUAUCGCAACAGAUGAUGAGAUUUAUGAAGAAAGCAACCUGAUGUCUGGGCUGGACUACAUAAAGAAUGAACUGCAGACUUGGAUAAGACCUAAACUUUCCUUGACGAGAGAAAAGAAACGAUCCAGCGUCACUGAUGAAAUAAAGGUCAAUAAAGAUGGGGGAAGUACCGAGAGGGCCAAUCCCUCAGACACCCUGGACAUCGAGGCCCUUUUAAACGGCUCCAUAAAACGGCUCUCUGAAAACAAUGGUAAUGGUAAGAAUCUACCCAGAACUCAUGACCUAGGAACCAAAGGUGAAAAUAAGAAAACUACAUAUGAAGUUACUAAAGAUCCGCACGUGGCUGACGUGGAAAAUGGCAAUGUUGAAAGUACUCCAGAAAAAGAAAAGGAGAAGUCACAAGGGAUUCCAGAGGCGUCAGAGAACCCUGCUUCAAAUGUGAAAAAGAUUUCUGAAUCCAAGCACAGCAAACGUGAAGCAUUAAUGGAUGGCUCUGACGAUUCAAAUGUUGCUGGAAAGGAAUUUGGUCCCCCAAAUGAUAGACAUCCUCCACAGGUAGAUCCCAGUCUCCAGCAUCCUGAAAGUGGUGACUGCACAUCAGUCCAGAACUCUUGCCCAGGACUUCUGUCAGAAACUGGCAGUGGAAGCAGACAAGACAAUGAUGGUCUAAAAUCUUUGUCUGAUGAUGCACCAAGUGGGGCUAGAAAAUCUGCUGGUUGCUGCCUACUCGAACAAAAUGAGACAGAGGAAAGUGCUUCUAUCAGCAACAGCGCUUCCUGUUGCAACUGCAAGCCAGAUGUUUUCCAUCAAAAAGAUGAUGAAGAUUGUUCAGUACAUGACUUUGUUAAGGAAAUCAUUGACAUGGCAUCGACAGCCCUCAAAAGUAAAUCACAACCUGAAAGUGAGGUGGCUGCUCCCACAUCACUGACCCAAAUUAAGGAGAAAGUGUUAGAACAUUCGCAUCGGCCCAUACACCUGAGGAAGGGGGAUUUUUAUUCCUACUUAUCUCUUUCGUCCCACGACAGUGAUUGUGGGGAGGUCACCAAUUACAUAGAUGAGAAGAGUAGCACCCCAUUGCCACCGGACACCGUGGACUCUGGUUUAGAUGACAAGGAAGACAUGGACGGCUUCUUUGAAGCCUGUGUUGAGGAUGAGCCUGCUGAAGAGAAAAUUUGUCUGCCCAGUGCCCUUCCAAAUGAAUCGGCAGUCCCAGAUGAAGCUACUAAGCCAGAACAAAUGACAGCUAGCUCUUCUGUGUUCAGUGAUGAGACAGACAUGGUGCCUCUUUCAGGACUUUCCCCUCAGAAGGGAGCUGAUGAUGCAAAGGAAGGAGAUGAUGUGUCUCACACUUCCCAGGGCUGUGCAGAGAGCGCAGAGCCUACCACCCCCUCAGGAAGGGCCAGUAGAGAGGGGAGUUCAAGAAAGCAAGGUGUAUCAGGAAUACCAGAAGAAAAUGCUGCUUCAGCCAAACUGAAAAUUCAAGCUUUCUCUUUGAAUGCAAAACAGCCAAAAGGCAAGGCUGCACUGUAUCCCAGCCCCCAAACUAUAACCUGUAAAGAGAAGCUCGUAAGCUUUCAUGAAGACCGACAUAGUAACAUGCAUAGGUAGAAUGUAAUGCCCCCAAGCAUGGAAAUCAUCUCAUUGAAAGAUAGCCUGGCUGAAGCUCAGGGCUGGCCUGAGCCACCCUGGGCUGGUCUUGGGUUCCAUCCUGUUAUCACUGCCGCCUGUCACAUUGACUUUCUGAAGAUGAACCUUCCUUCUGAAUGCGGUCUGUCCACGUGGGCCUUUCGAUCUGGAUGUGUGCAUUGCUUCUCUUAGUGAUCGUCUUAGUUCCUCAAAGCUGCUUGUUCUCCCGUGGAAUCCUGUCCCAAGCUACCUCUGGCAACCCUCUCUCUAGCAAGACUUCUGUUUUCCCUCUCCCCUCCCUCCUCCUUUUAAAGCUCACCAAAUUGAUGCUCCAUUAAACCCACUGUCUGGAAUGACACCCCUCCCAUCAGUACUUGACCAAUUUUAUGUUAUGCUCAGAAAAUUUUUAUGCUAUAAUACCUAUGUUUAUUGAAAGAGAUGUACCUAAAAAGCCAGCCCUUGAUUUGAUUGUAGUAUAGAGGAGACACAUUGAUCCUUAUGACAAAACUAAGUGAUGUUUGAAAGCGCCAUUUUAAUUAUUUCUUUUUAAUAAUGAUCUAUGCAGCACUUCAAGAAACAACUAUAACAGUGUUGUAUCGUAUAAACUGGUACAUUCUACUAUUAAGUUUGUUUUUUGGUUUCUAUGCUUCUUGAGGUGGUAAUGAGAAAAACGGUUUGUUUGUUUUUUUUAAACGGUGUGCCUUGCUGUAUUUCUUAUGCCAUUUAUUAAAAAGCUGCUUUUGUGGUAAUAUUAUAUUGGUUUGAAAGGAGGAAAUAGCAAGGUUAAGUCACGUAGAUAACUUCUGUAUAUAUGUAUAAGCUAGUACAAACACUGAUGUAUGACAGUAUAAAAUGCUUUCAUGUUUGUGAUGUCCAGUGAUGUGGAGAAUAUAAGCCUUAAACCAGUUCAAUUGCAUGGUAAUUAAAAUUGGCAUAAUAAAAAUAGCUUAUUGGGGGAAAGGAAAAUUAAUGAUCUCUUCUACCUGUGUUCUUUACCAAAUUCUUGCAUCUGGUUCUGGAAAAGAAAAACAAAUAAACUCCAUAUAUUAGUUUCCCAAAUAUCCAUAGUGCACAGAAGGCUUAAGUUGCUUAGACUAUAGACUAGGCCUGAAACCUUCAUAAUUUUCAAAAAUCUUUCUGUUUCAUUGUAAACAUCCUGAAAUAGCAAAGGUUUAAAGGCCAUUUCCACCAACAAUGUUUUAUUCUAAGUGUUUUUAUUUCUACUUGUUAAUAGUUUAAAGUUAUAUUUGGAGAUCUGUUACAUGCCCUAAUUUAUUUUAAAUAUUUGAAUGGGUUGGGUGGAUCGUAUAGAAAAUUUUAUUAUUAUUUUAUUUAAACUAUAGAUUUCAGGUAUAUUUAUUUUGUUAAGAAAAAUCAACAGAAAUAUUCCAUUUGGUCUUUUUUUUUUUUGACUUGAAAAAUUCAGCUUUUAAUUUAUAUCAUAACUCCUACUAAAGUGCCUGACACACAGUAGGUAUUUCAUAGAGUUUCCUGAAUUAGAGUAUUAAGUGGUGUUGUGUGUAUACACACACACACACACACGCACACACACACACACACACACACACAAAAGAUUCCUGCAUUAAAAUUAAAACUAGGCAAAGAUGUGCAAAGUGAAUCACACACGGUAUAUAAUCAGAUUUCAAAAAGCAAAGAGAACAUGACAGACAUAUGUAGCCACAAAAAUGACAAUCAUUCAUUUGAUAGAUCACUCAUUAGCAUCUUUUACCUGCAAGUCACUAUUCUAGAUUCAGGGAGAGCAGCUAUGAACGAUGCACUGCCUUUGGAGGUUUAUCUGUGUUUGAGACAGAGUGACCAACCACACAGACAACAUGCCAUAGUGUUCCACAGGUGAGGAAGAAAGCAAGUGUAGAGAAAGAGUCACAGUGAGAGAGACAGCGGUGAGAGGCUAGGGCAAAGAGAAAGGCUAUGAGAAAGUAGAGGCUAGAGGGGCUUCACUACAGGUAUGAUAGAAGAGAAGGCCGAAGAGAGAGGACUGAAGGGUGUUUAUGGAGCUGACUUGGAGCGUUUGUGUGCUGUGUACUAGGUAUAGAAGACCCAGUAGCUUGUGUGGGGCUUUAUUUUAUCCCACAAUUGGAACUUUACUAGCACCCUCCCAGGAACACUUAAUUACCACGUAUGUGCAAUUUCACAACUUUAUUAACUUUGUGUGGGUUUUGCCCCUUCUAACCUUGGCUGCACAUAUUUUUAAAUGGAUGGCUUAUUCUAGGCUUUUGGGUAUGUAGUGACUUCUUCCAAAGGAGUCUUAGAGAGACAUCUAGUUAUAGUGUUCACAAGAAUUGCAAAGGGGAGAUGUUAGACAUAACUGUAUGGUAGGGGGAAUGUAAGGGGGAAUUAGCUAGAUUCAAGGCAAUAACAGAGUGCACGGGGAUUGUAGCCCGAGAUACAGAGAAAGACAGAUCCUAGAGCCCUGAAAAGUGUUUGAACAUUUUUGGACCUCUGUUGUAAUAUGGCAUUAUUUUAUAUAUUGAGACAACCUGAAUUUCUCUUGGUCAGUAACUAAUGUCAAGUCUGUGUCUAUUGAAAAGACAUUCAAAAAAAUUAAUGGGCUAUGCUGAACUAUUUGCCUCUUGUGCACUCAUAAAGACUUAGAAUUUGAAAAUAUUUAUUAGUUAUUUACUUAACACUAACACCAAAUUGACCAGGUUGACUCUUGGGUUUAUUGAUGCCUUUUCCAGCCAGAAGAAAUGGAAGAGUCUCAGUCUCAUACCCUGUGUAGACACUACCUUCCCAGCUGCAUUUGAAAAGAGCCUAUUUGGUUUGUCUUGAUUCAACCAACGAUAUCAACACAUGCCUCACAAUGAUAGUUUGUUAUUUGUUAAGACAAAGUGUCCCUCUGAUGGGCAUGUGUUUCUGUUAGAAUGUGCUUUCUUAGAUUACUAAAUAAAGUCCACAGGGUACCCCUCCCUCUUUCAGUUUUGCUCAUUGGUCCUAUGCCUGUGCUGCAGAGCAGCCCCUCAGAGGAUUCCUGGUCCCUCUGUCUCAUGGCCACCAUGCAGGUAAUUGAGGAGAGUUACUCUCUUUCCCAGGCAGUUCCUCCAACUGCCCUUCAUGUAUCAUGAUUUCAGAUCCAUUUCAACCUAACUGAAUGUUAAACAGGCAGAACCCUUGAUGUCAAGGGACUGUCUUCAUCAGACAUGUAGAGAGGUAUGUGGACAUUUAAGUGCUAAGUUUUCUCAAAAAUAUAUUCAAGAUAUAUGUUUAUUCUACUAUUGUAAAUUUCAAUAAAUAAACAAAUAAACAAGUGAAUAAAAUAAGAAUCCAUGACUUCCUUCUGUGAUCCAGGCUAAUGUUGGAGUCAUUUUCAAUCUUUUCCUUAUGUUGGAUCCAAACCCGACAUUUCCAUAGAAAACAGAUCUACCCUUCUGUUUGUUUACUCACUAAUCCAUUUGGCCAUUCAAUCAUCCGUAGAGCAGCCAUUAGUGUUGCCUCACCUACACAGACAACUGAAGCAUGAUCUAUGCUUGAAUAUUUCCCUCCAAUCCUACCCUUGAAGAUAAUUAUGACAACUCCCCCAGAUAAAUUUUCCCCAGACCCACUUACUUUGCCUCUUAUCUAGUCUGUCUACACUAUCAAAAAUCAGGUGACCAAAUUGAUAUGUCCUAUGGUCUGGAUGGAACUGUGAGAAGAAACAAAGUGUCUUUAAUUAAGAGAGAAGUAUUUUUUAGAUUUUUUUCAGUUAUUCAACAAAUCUGCAAACAAGAGAGCAGUUGAAUGGAGAGCAUGUGACAACCCAGGUUUGAUUAUCUUGUUGCUUGGUUCAUUCAGCUUAGCUUUUCACCAUAAUGGCUGAGAAGAGAGUGGGUGCAGAUGUCAAACAGUGAGGUGACCCAGCUGGUUCUCACAGGAAGAGCUGUGCUCACUUCUGAGUGAAACUGAAAUAUGUUACUUUUGUAGAGUAACUAACCCCUGAGUAUCAGCACUUUUAUAUUUGAAGAAGAACUUGACCACCAAAAUUUACAGGAAUACCUCUUUUCAGAUACACAUAGCACAUAGCUUUCCCCAUUUUUAUUUUGGUAAAUUUAGACCUAUGGAAAAGCCAAGUGGUAUAAGAACAAUGUCUCUGUGCACUUCACUCAGUACAUUUACUGUUAAUAUUUGAUAUUUCUCUUUCUGUCCAUGCCACACUACAUUACAUAUCACACAUCACACACACACACACACACACACACACACACACACACAUGCACUCACAUACAUGUGACCACACACACUAUCUUCUGGUAUGAUUAUACCAUUAAAAAUUCAUUUUUUGCAUACAACACUUCAUUUAUAAAGAUGAGCUAAUAUGAGAAGGAACAAAGGCAUUUUCUACAAGUCUGUAAUGCCAUAUGAUAAUACAUAGUAAUCCUUAUUACAGUUUCUCUACUUUCAAGAUAUGCUUUUGUGUGUGUGUGUAUGUGUGUGUGUGUGUGCACACGUAUGCGUGCACCUUUACCUUCAAUCUAGUGCACAAAUGAUGACUGCAUAGGCCUUUUAGCUUUGUAUCUUCUUGACCUUGAAUAGGUCUUUCAUACUCUUCUUCCCCUUUUGGUCCUCACUGUAUUGACAUUUCUGAAGAGCUCAGAUCAGUUUUAUAGAAUGAGUCACAACCUGGAUAAGUCCUGUUAUCUUCUCAUUGUAAAUCUCAGGAUGAGCUGGUUUUAGAGCUCUAGCUUAUGAGUGAUAGUGUGUUCAGAUCUUGGAUGGAGUGGGAGUGGAUCACUUACAUUCUUGAUUCACAUUUUUCUUUUGUUUUCUAAGGCAGAGGUCAACAAAUCAUGGCCCAUGGGCCUAAUUUAACCAACUGCCUAUUUGUAUUUGUCCUGGGAAUUAAGAAUGACUUUUACUUUUUUAUGUGGCUAAAAAACAAUAAAAAGAAUGUUUUUGUGAUAAGUGAAAGUUACAAGAAAUUAAAAUGUUUGUGUCAGUGAAUAAAGCUUUAUUAGAACACAACCACACACUUGUUUACAUGUGGUUAGUUUUGCACUAUAACUGCAGUCACAGCAUAGUCGGUAUGUCUGAAAUGUUUCCUUAUAUGACCCAUUGGAAACUCCCUUCUGAUCCCUGAUCUACGGAAUUAUAACAUCUGAUACCAUUUUGUGAGAGGCCAAUAGAUUGCAAAGUCAAUGGGAUACAGAGCAUGCAAGUUUUUUCCACAUUGUCAAUUUCAGUUCCAUGAAGAAUGACUGAACCAUUGACAUUCUUAAGUCACAGUAUUCUAUUAUUCUGUAAGGCAGAGGUCAGCCAGCUAUAGCCAUGGACCAAACAGAUCUUUACUUUUGACUUGUAAUUUUAGGAAAAAAAUAAGCUGUACUUUGUAUCAUAAACAAAAAGAUUAUUCUACAUCAUUAAUGUAAGUAUUUGGAUUCAGUGGUUUAUAGAUUGGAUAUUACUGAUUGAUUUGGAAUUUAAUCAAUUACAGAUUGGAUAUUUAGGGCAACCAAGACCACAAGAAAAAUUGGUGCACUCUAAACUCAGUGAGACCUCUCCAAAGCAGUGUUAAGCCAGCUUAUUCCAUUAUUAUGAUUAUUUAUUUAUUCAUUUUUCAAGCCAAACAUUAACAUAUAUAUACACAUGCACCAUUCAUUCUCUGAUCAUAUAUAAAACGUUUCAUAUGCCAAGGAAAUAGCUGUUGAGACCGUGAUGUGGUUGUGGGUAGACACUCUCAUUGAGUAGAAGAGUUCAGUGAAAUUAGUCCUAUAGUUCAUCCAUUGAUUUGAUGCAGGCAACUCUGUCACAUGUUUAACAAGGGAAUGGUCAAGCAAACCAUACAGAUGCUUCUUUAAAAACAGCUACAUGCCUUCCACACAGCAAUUACUUCUGCAUUUGAGACUUGUCACCAAUUUGCUUGUCCAAAGGAGAAUGAUAUGAUAUACAUAGAUCAGGAUAGGAUUUUUAGCAGUGGCAUGCUGGCUAAUGCCUUGAGACCAACUGACUCUCCAUUAUGGACUCCCACCAAAGCAGAAUGUAUGCAGUUCAUUCUUUCUUGUGCUUUGAAAUUAAUCAGGGCCUGCAUAAUGCGCCUUUCUUAGGUUCUUUCUCAGGCAGCAUAAAUGCAAAACUUGGUUGGUGUCCACACAUAUGAGGUUGUUUUAGUCCAGUAUGACUGUUAUAACAAUAUACUUUACUCUGGGAAAUUUGUAAACAAGAAAAUUUGUAGCUAGACAAUCUAGAAGCUGAGAAGACCAAGAUCAGGGUGGCAGAAGAUUCAGAUUCUGGUGAGAUCCUUCUCUCUUCUUCAUUGAUGGCUGUUCUUUGUGCUUCCUCACAGUGAGGGGUGCUGAACAAGCCUCCUCAGCCCUCUAUGGACCGUUAUCUCCUUCACAACUUAGUCACCUUCCAAAGACUCUUAUUAAUUCUGUUGCACUGGGAACUGAGUUUGAACAUGGAAAUUUAGGGAUACAGAAAUUCAGAACACGGCACAGGCAUUUGCAGGUAUUGGGGCAAUUGUCAAUAAACAGUUUCCUGUGAAGAGGUUACUCGUCUCUCUUCUCGCCGCCCAAGAAAGGGAACAACACAGUUGAUUGGAAUGAUAUGGUUUUAAAGGCAGUUUAAGAACUGUCUAAUUUGUUCUUUUAAAAAAGAUUAUUUCUAAAGUUUCAUAUGUUAUUAUUGAUUAGCAACCUUGUAACAUCAUAUUUAAGACACACUAAAUAGGAGAUGUCCCGAAGCACAAGAGAAUGAGCCCUAUGCAAAAGACUAUCUGAGCAGCCCCAGUUAAUCCACAACCAUGAGGUAUUUGAGCUGUGAGGAGUAGGCUCUUCCGAAAAAACAGCAUUAAAAACAGAGAUGUGAAGCACUGUGAAGCUUGGACUCCAUCCCCCUGGGAAAUGGCCAGUCCAGGCAGUCUAGUCUCAGGAACUUUGCCAAGUGUGAAGCUUGGAGGCAGAAGAUGAUAAAGAUGUCCCAGGUGUGCCCAGAGUCACACACAUCUCACCACCUAAGCUGCUGAGCUCAUCAGCUCCCUACUGUGCUGUUUUCCUUCAUUCAUGCAGCUUGGGGAAGUUUGACUGGAAGCUUCAGGAAUAAAUUUGGAUAUUUUUCCAUAUCAUAAGGACAAGCAAUAAUACAACUUAUUAAAUUAGUGCUUAUGAGUGAUAUAGUCUAAUAUAAACUGUGCUAAGAAUUAUGAAAACUUUCCUUUGUAUUCAAUCUACCAUUUAAAACAAAGCACCAACUCCAUAAACAAAUGGGGGUAUUAUAGAUGUAAAGUGUUAUUCAGUAAGAUUUAUUCAAGGUCUUAAAUGAUUCAGGCAUUAAGAACAUAAAAAUACUCAAAAUCCUCUGUAAACCUCAUAUUCCCUAACCGCUGGUUUAUAAAAACAUCGGGGUUAUAGAAUUAGUCUGGUUCUACUAGUUGAUCAUGUUACUUUAAACUAAGUCAGAUAUUCAAAGCAAAUCAUUCCUUUUGUGUGUAUUUCCUGGAAAAUGUGUGUCAUUUAUUUUAAAGAAUCUCCAAAUAAAAAGCCAAAUUGCUGGAAUGUACCUUGUCAUUAAAACAGAGUGAAAAG